AUGUUCUUGGUUCUACAACACGAAAAGAAUGAAAUACAAAAGACUGCAUUGGAAUAUAUUAGAUUGCAAUUGAUUCAUGAUCUAUUGUUGAAAAACCUAGGUUAUGGACACAUAAAUUAUGAUAUUGAUGAAUUGAAUGAGGUACGAAAAUCAGUUUAUACCAAAUAUUGGCUAAUGAAUAAUGUUGAAACUUGCUGCAUUAUAAACCCACUACCAACCUACAUGAACAUAAUAACGCAAAAUCAACCAACACUGCAAAUGAAACUUCGUUGUCAUGAUCAAACUUCCCAUACAAAUUUAUUGAAUGCCAAUCAUCAUGCUAAUAAAGCUGUUAAAAUAGAGUAUAUUGCAAAAUAUCAGUUGUUUGAUUAUAGGAUUAUAAGAGUUGGACCAGAAGUGGAAAUACUUACCAAACCAGGUUUGAAGGACCGACUAAGACGAAUGGUAACCCGAAUGAAGAGUAAAUUUAAGUCACCCAUCUCACCAAUAAAAAAGAAGAUACCAGACAAAGCAAGUAAGGGGUUCAAAACGGCUCAUAGGAAGUUCUUGAGCUACGAAUUGCAACGAAUAAGGGCAGCGACAUAG